AUAUGUGUGGGUGGAGCUGUAGGUUCAGACCUGCUGUACCAGCUCUGACUCUGUGAUCAGUUACAAAGGAUGCCACCAGUGGAAAACCAUCAAAUGGAAGAAAUACGUGGAAAUGGGGCUGAAUGUAUUUCAUUUUUAUUCUUAUUAUUACUGUGCGUAAAGACUUCCUCUGGAACCAAAACCCCUUUUGAGAGAGAAUAUUUAUGUUUUUGCAAACAGUUUCCUCAUCAUGCAUGCGUUUGUAUGUAGUCAUGUGGACUUUCCAUUUUCAUUUGUAUUUUUCAAAUACCCUUCGCUUUACCUGUGGCACAUUUUGUCUACGAGGACGCCCGCUUGACUGUCUUGCUGGAAAGAGAGACUGAAAACAAUGCCCGACACAAUGCUCUUAUGUGAAAACUUACUCUAAAGUUCUCUUUAUGGCGUUUCAAAAUGACAGACUCUAACUUGAGGAACGAAAGCAACUAUGGGAUCUAUUUUGCUGAAGCUUUCAACGGAUCUAUUUUGGGUCAUAUAUUUCCAAACGACAGCAUCACGACAUGCACGAACUUCACAAUGGACUCACAGGUUGUCGGGGUCGGGAUCAUUCUCUCCGUUUUUAUUUUGGUGGCAAUUGUUGGCAACAUUUUGGUCAUUCUGUCUGUGGUGUGCAAUAAACAUUUGCAGACUGUCACAAACUUCUUCAUCGUCAACUUAGCCAUGGCAGACCUGCUGCUGAGCAUUAUCGUACUGCCUUUCUCUGCAUCCCUGGAGGUUCUGGGAUGCUGGGUGUUCGGCCGGGUUUUCUGUAACAUCUGGGCUGCGGUGGAUGUGCUCUGCUGCACCGCAUCCAUCCUCAGCCUCUGCAUCAUCUCCAUCGACCGAUACAUAGGUGUCAAACACUGCCUGAAAUACCCAAGUAUUAUGACAGAGAGGAAGGCAGUGGCUAUUUUAGUCCUAGUUUGGGUGUCAUCCACGGUCAUCUCUGUCGGACCGCUGCUGGGAUGGAAGGAACCGCCGCCUGUGGACGACAGCAUCUGCAGGAUCACAGAGGAGCCGGGCUACGCGCUCUUCUCCUCUCUCUUCUCCUUCUACCUCCCGCUCAUGGUCAUUCUCAUCAUGUAUUUCAGGGUCUACGUGGUGGCCCGCAGGACUACCAAGAGCCUAGAAGCGGGCGUCAAACGAGAGAGAAACAAGUCGAUGGAAGUGGUCCUCCGGAUACACUGCCGCAGCGUACUGGAGGACCCGCGCCCGGCCAGCUCCAAAAGCAGCAAAAACCACCCGUUUCGAAGUUCGCUCUCAGUGCGGCUGAUGAAGUUCUCCAGGGAGAAAAAGGCUGCUAAAACCCUCGCCAUCGUUGUGGGGAUGUUCAUCUUGUGUUGGCUGCCUUUUUUCUUCUUUCUGCCGAUGGGUUCCUUCUUCCCGGCACUAAAGCCAUCCGAAACUGUGUUCAAGGUAAUCUUUUGGCUUGGCUACUUCAACAGCUGCAUCAACCCCAUGAUCUACCCCUGCUCCAGCAAAGAGUUCCAACGGGCUUUCACCCGGCUCCUCAGGUGCCAGUGUCACAACAGACAGAGGGUCCUGCGUCGCUUCUAUGACCAAAGGUGGCGGACAGCUGUCAAGGGAAUGACAAGGGAUCAGAGGGGAGACUGUAAGCCUGGCUAUGCUGUGCAUGAAUCCUGUGGCAGCUCUUUGUUACACAAGGGAAAAGGGCACUCUCUAGGUUUCAAGAGAUGGAGUCUCUUUCCACCACUGCAAAAGUCCUCCUUCCAGCUCAAAGAGAAAGUGAACAAUCUGUCGAAUAAAAUCAAGGGAGGGACAGGAAAAAGUACCACACCUGCAGUGGGCCGGAUUGAUAUAGUAGACACGGUCUCUAUGGGGAUUUACAACUCCUGUGAGCAGAGCAGUUAUCAGUUCUAUGAUCUGGCAGACUGUUAUGGCCUGAAAGAGACUGACAUUUAAAGGGCCACCAGAGAAUCUUUUAUUUAUUUGCAAAGGGUCACAUUGGACCAACAUGCAAGGAAGGGUGUGAUAGGGCAUAAUUUUGUGUUCACAAGCUAUCUGAGAAUCAAAGCUUGAUUAAAGCUGUAGACUGGGAAGGAUGGCUUUAUCCCAGCACAAACUAAAGACCAAACUGUAUCCAAACCACUCAUCCCCAUCAUGUUUAUUUAAGAUGAAGCUUCUUGUGUGCUGCUUAAAGCCACAUUUUGGAAGUGGACACAAAAGUAACCAACUCCUUUGACUUAAUGUGACUACUGUCACUCGGAAGCACUGUGCAUCGACAUUAUGCGGCCCAGAGGUGUGCACACCUUCGGCAAGACAUUUAACAGACCUAAUUUUUACUUCUUCCUUUGAAUUUCAGUCUCCAUGUCUUUACCUAUUAUCCAUUGUGUGGUGACUGUUUUGUUUGUUUGAUGAAUUUAAACAAAAGACACACAACUUCAACGGAUUGAAACAAAUAUUUUGAAAGUUAGUCAUAAGUGCAAUUUUUAUUGUUGCCAGAAUGUCUGGAUUUAACCAAAUGUAAUGUGUCACAAUGAAUUAUGAUACUUCAUGUGCCAUUUUUCUGUUUUGACAAGGCAUUGUAAAGAGAAGAGGCCAGCUAAGAAUAAAGAUCCUGCACAGUAUUUAUUCUAAUGGAUUUAUGAAUUAACUUGAUAUGUACACUUGUUUAAAUAAAAUCCCACAAGUCUACUUGGCCCAACAAACUGUAAUUUGCAUCGCCAAGUGAGUGCUAAUGUGAAAUGAACAUGCUUUCUUUUGUAUUUUUUGAUGUUAUGUUUGUUUAUGUAAGAUGAAAAGCAAAAUAAAAAUGAAAGAAAACAAGUAGAGCCAAGGCACCCUUGAAAUUUGAUUCACAAUUAAAAAAAAAUCUGCCCCAUUCA